AUGCCAUCACCUGCAACAGUCAAAGAAAUGCAAAGGCUCGCCGGACGAUUAGCAGCUCUGAACAGAUUCUUGGCUAAUCAUGCGGCAAAAUCUUAUCCAUUUAUCAGUACGCUGCGAAACUGCGGAAAGAAAACUCCUUUUCAAUGGACGCCUGAAGCAGAAGCAGCAUUCAAACAAAUGAAAGAAUGUUUAAUUCAAUUGCCAACACUGACCGCGCCAAAAGAAAAAGAACCAUUAAUCUUAUAUCUGUCGGCCGCGGAAGUAGCAGUAGGCGCAGUAUUAAUGGUAGAACGGGAAAAUAUCCAGACUCCAAUCUACUAUAUCAGCAAAAUGCUCACUGGCCCCGAAACUCGUUACUCAAUGAUAGAAAAAUUGGUUCUAGCACUAGUACACGCAUCCAGACGCUUGCGCAGGUACUUCUCAGGCCAUGUCAUCACAGUCCUCACAAAUUAUCAUUUAGGCCAAAUCUUGUCAAAACCUGAUGUGGCGGGAAGAUUAGCUAAAUGGGCCAUUGAGCUGGGAGGCUACAACAUUUUUUACAAACCAAGACCAGCAAUCAAAGGGCAAAUUCUAGCAGACUUCGCCACUGAAGUUCCCAUCGAUAAAAUACAAGAAUGUGAGGCAAUCCAGAACCCAACACCUGUUUUCGACGACAGAGUCUGGACCUUACACACAGAUGGUGCUUCCAAUGAUGAUGGAGCAGGAGCAGGACUCCGAUUAGUCAGUCCGGAUAAUCACGAACUUACAUAUGCAAUACGCUUAGAUUUCCAAAGUACCAACAAUGAAGCAGAAUACGAAGCAUUUUUAGCAGGUCUCCGUCUAGCACUCAAAAUGGGGGCAAGAAACCUUGAAGUCAACGUUGACUCAAAGCUAGUAGCUGAACAAGUUAACGGUCGUUAUGAUGCGAAAGGGGAAGCUAUGGCGUUGUACCUUGAACAAGCGCGAAUAUUAAUCAGCCAAUUUCAAACAUUCAAAGUUAAUCACAUAAACAGAAGCGAGAACAAGCACGUUGACGCGCUAAGCAAGUUAGCUGCUACCAGCUUUAAGCACUUAGCAAAGGAGGUACGCAUAGAGGUAUUAUCCAAUCCUUCUAUUCAUCUCAAGCAAGUGAGCGUCAUAGAAAUGGGAGAUCCAUCCUGGAUGUCUCCAAUCAUCUUGUACCUUCAGCACGGAAAACUUCCGGAAGGAAAGGCAGAAGCUCGAAAAAUACAACACAAAGCAAUAAAUUACGAGAUGGCGGAUGGCGUCCUUUAUCGAAAGUCAUUCAUGGGCCCAUUACUACGCUGUGUUGAUAAAACAGACGCCCAAUACCUAGUCAGAGAAAUCCACGAGGGAUUAUGCGGGAUACACGCGGGACCGCGCAUGGUCGUGGCAAAAAUAAUGAGCGCCGGAUACUACUGGCCAGGAAUGCACAUGGACGCAGUUGAUCUAUUAAGAAGAUGCGAGGCAUGUCAACGCCACGCACCAAAGACACUCCGACCCAAAAAUCCGUUAAUUCCCGUUACUUCCGCCUGGCCAUUCCAACAGUGGGGCAUCGAUCUUGUUGUCCCAUUUCCUGACGCGCCGGAUGCGGGUUACCAUUGCGCAUUAUUUCCGACAAUGGUACAAACUUCGCCGCAGAAGAUCUUCAAAAAUGGUUCAAAGAAAUGA